GGUUUCAGAUUUUUUUUUUUUUAAUAUAAACACAACAAUCACUUAUCUUUACUGUAAACUAAUUCUGAUUUCAGAUUCUUUCCGAAACUUUCUCACUAGAACUAAGUAAAAUGAGUGAAGACAAGAAAAAGAUUUUGUUAUCCUCCUCUGUAAGUUAUAUUGCUUUCAAAUUGUUUUUAUUUAUAACUAUUUAUAAUUAAUAGUAACCUAUUUAUUUACAAAUUAAUUCAGUUUUUGUGUUUUGAGUUAGUAACUUUUAAUUUUAACCAACUAGUACAAACUUACAAAGUCAAGUACAACUAACUACUAAAACUCACUUAGAGUUAGAGCAGGGGUCUCAAACUCGUGGCCCACGGGCCAUUUGCGGCCCGCAAGAUGAUAUUUUGCGGCACGCCACCAGUUUGGAAUUAAUGCGGCCUGCAUGUUUUCCCCAGUCUCAUAUCUAAAUCUAUUCUAAGUUUAAUGUGAAUGUGACACUCCACGACCAUUUCAGUGGAAUCUCACCGAUUAUUAGUCUAAUUCUGAUUUCUAGUAUUAUUAUUGUAUAAUUUUGGACGUUGAUUAGGCCUAUAAUAUAAUGGUAAAUACAUUUUAAAAUCGGUCAAACAGUUUUUAUUUUAUAGCAUUUUCUGAGACAAACAUUGCCAAAGUGUGGUCUUGGUUUGAGAAAACACGCUUCGAAUAUUAUCUAUACAUAAAUAUAUCACAAGUUUAAAAAGUCAGUUAGUGGUUAAUGCACAAUCAUAAUUGUGUAAAUUGUAGCAAUCUGACACAGUAUCAAAGCUUUCCUAUUAAAAUUGCAGCUAGUAACGAUUGAGGGAAAUUCAGAGCAUGUCAGCUUGGUCAAAAAGGCCUUUUAUACGAUUAAAAAAUAUCAAAAUUCAUUCUCCCUACAAUAGAAUCUUUCUUAGCAAAAAUAAAUCUUAAAUAUUGCCCCAUUCCCUACUUCUGUUUGAAUACAUUUUAGUUUUAAAAUAGAUAGUGUGAAUCGUCAUAUAUUUAUUUUAAUUUUAUUAUUUUUUUGUAUUACUAGAUGCUUGUUAUUUUCAUAGCAUUUAUUAGCUAAAUACUUCUACCUUAGAUCACCUGGAAUUUUAUUUUCUUACUAAGGAUAUAAUGCCGUUAACAAUGACAUGUAAUGUUACGGCCUGGUUCUUGAGAAUACUUAGACUUAAUGUUUUUAUUUGUUUUUAAUAAAGGUUGAGCAGAUUGAAACAGUUGUACUUUAUUAAAUUUAUAACCACUUUUUGUGGAAUACUUGUUGCGGCCCAGUCUCACUCAGACUCUACAUCCUGCGGCCCCUGGAUAAUUUGAGUUUGAGACCCCUGAGUUAGAGUCUUAGACUUAGUUUAGACUUAGUCACUUUUGUUUACUUUUAGUUUAGUUUAGUGAGUUAGUCACAGACUAACAGACAGUUGAGAAAGUGAGUGUGAGCUUUAGUGUAAGACUCAUUUUAGAGUUUUAGUUUUACGCGUAGACAAGACCCCAGGAGGGCCUGUGGCUGUACUGAGUGUACUCACUAACAAAGUGUACUACUGUACCUGACACUGUGGAGAGUGUAAGUGAUGUAGGCUACAAUGAUUGAUACUCCCCAGUAUUGUAUGUGACAAUGUCGAGAAUUUAUGUAAGUGUACUCCUCCUCAGUACUAUAACUGUAAAUUGUACAAGUAAAAGCGUCACUGUAAAGUUAAAAUGUAAAGUCAGUAAAAUGAGGUCAAGCUCAAGUGUAACUUAACUUUAGGCCCAGGGGAAAACUAAGGGAAGGGGUCAGUAAGGUAUAGUGUUUUAUUUUUACUUUUAGCAAAUAUUUAUAUUUUUUCAAUGUUGAAAUCUGAUUUUUUUUACAUUCCCCCCACACCCCCCUUUUUUUUCCAUCAUCAGAAAUAAACAAUUAAAAUAAAACACUUGGGUAAUGGUCACAUACUUUGCAAUCCAUAUAUUAUUAGUACCUUUAAAAAGUAAAAUUUUUAUACCCCUUCGCCCUAGCUGCCAGAGCUUUAUGAAGGGGGCAUCCACCUGGGAGCCAACCUUAAGAGGGCGCCAAAAUUAUAAUUUUUCAUACAAAUUAUGUGUAUUAUUAUAUACUUUUAUAGAUAAACUAGAUUACACUUCAUUAAAAAUUAUACUCUUCAAAUUUAAAAUUAAAUAAACUUGUUCUGUUUGUUGUUGUAAUUAGAACAUUCUCUUAUUAUAAGUGUAUAAGAAUUUUUGUUGGUAUAACUAUAAAAUUUUAGCUUUUUUUUACAUAUUUUUAGGCAAUAAAUUAUAAUAUUUCAGUAAUAUUACUUUUUUAUUAAAUAGAUGGUGGAUCUCAAAGCAGAGCUUUUUCGUAAGCAAGAGGAAUUCAGGCAGCAAAAAUUAGCUAAUUCUGAAUUUGUACGAGCUAAAAAAACUGAGAAGGUAAAAAUACUAAUUUACUGUUAUGUAACACGUUAUCAUCUGUAUAAUAUUAAUUUCAUGCUGUCCCUUAACAUUUGCUCUGCUGUUCUAUUUUAUGACUUAAAUGUGUAACUGUAAACAAAGAGACCUGCUGAUAUUUUAUCAUAGCAUACUUGUAAUAAUUAAGUUUAAAAAUCAGUAAUUUAAUUGAUUUGUGCACAGUUAAAAAUGUUUAUGUUGUUUUAAGUUCUUAAAAAGAUAAAUAAAAAAAGGUUACUUUAUAAAAAUCUCUACAGAGCUCAAAGAAUACAUUAUGUAACCGUCAAAAUCCAGGUGUUCAAGCAAGAGCACAACAAGAUAUUGAAGACAGACCUAAAAAUGAUGAGGAAGAAGAAAUGCUUCUUAAAUCGCGGUUAGUAUUUUUUUUUAAGAUAAGAUUCUUUUAUUUAUCUAAAUAAAUGGAAAUGUUUUUUGAUUGCAUUAUACAUUUUCAGCACAAAAAUAAAAUAAUUUGAACACAAGACAUUUAUGAUAAAUUAUUUCAAACAGCCAUUCAGUGAGUUCUCUUAGCAAAAUCGGGGACUUAUUAGUUCUCAUUCAGAUGUGUGACUUCAGAGGAAGCACGCCGGUAAAUUCGUACAGAUUGGGGAACAAAUAAUUUUUUUAUCUGUCAGUCCUCGCCCUGAUGGAAAGAAUUCGUCCCGAACGGCCAGAUCCUAAGUAUCUGUGAUGAAGAGGGUGGGAUGUAUCAUCCAAAAUGUGUUUAGUUUAGCAAAAACAUCUUUCUUCAAAUAGUUCUUUAAGUGAAGGAUGUUUAGUUUGUGUUAUGUUCCUAGCUUUCUUGAUUAAUCGUUUUUAUGCGGUGUUUAAUAUCAGACGUUGAAUUCCCACACUGGCAGGUAAUACUGAAAUUAAGCAGGCUUCCAAUAGUUGCACUAUAGAAUAAGUUAACAACUUGCUUGUUUACGCCAAAAUUGUACAGUUUUUUGAGGUAGAUCGGUCUUUGGUUGAAUUUUUUAUACAGCAUUUGGCCAUGCUCCGGCCAUGUUAGCUUAUUAUUAAUGGUGACACCUAAGUACUUGUAUGCCUCCACUUUCUCCAUAUUUGAUUUUUUAUGUUGUGAUCUGUAAUCUGGUGUAAACAUAUAAAAUUUGUUUGAUGCUGGAACAUAUUAAAAUAUUUUACCUUUAAGUGCUUAAAUAGAUUUUAAAUAGUGAUACUACAGUCUGUUGUUUUAUUUACUUGUAGCAAAGCUCUUGAAGAAAAGUCAAAACUGUAUGACAAGAUUACACAUAGUUCUGAUAUACCAGGUAUUUAAUAACUUUGUAUUAAUGUAGUAAAUCGUAUAGAUAUUUGAAUCUAGACUCUGUUACAGUAAAUUUCUAAAAAUAAAUGUUACAUUUUUAUUUUAAAGUAACUUUUUUUAAAUUUAUAAGAUUCAUUUUGUGUAUUUAAAUUAUCUUAAUUUUAAUACUGCUGAAGCAUGUAUUAUUUGCCAUGAUUUAUUUUUUUUGAAAGAGGAAGAUGGAAGUGGAUACUAUCUGGUAGAUUUCCAGAAGAAAGCAAUAGACUCAAUAGUAGCAGAGAGAGAAACAAAGAGGAGAGAAGAGGAACAGGAAAAGGAAGCAGAAGAUCAUGAACUUGCCUCUGAAAUCCCAGAACCUUUAGACCCUGAUCAGGAAUGGUAAAGUUAAGGAUUGAAUUUUCGUCAUUAUGUUUGGGUAAAAUAGUUUAACAGAAUCCUUAGUCCAAUUGAAAAAAUAAUUUAUUAUGUUUUCUGUAGCCAGAGAUUCAAGGGGAUGUAAGUUCAAUAAAUAAUUUUAUAUGCCAGUUACACUGAUAUUAUACUAUUUAAUCAUGAUUUUAGGGUUGAAUUUACUGACUCACUUGGCAGACAGCGAUGCUGUAUGAAAAAAGAUUUGGAUCUACUUUUGAAGAAAGAUAAAGAACUUGCACUGUAAGCAUUUUAUAUUACCAAAUGUAAUUCAACACCUUUUAAACUUUUCUCCCCCUAAAAUUUCAAUUAUAAUUUAUUAUAAAUUUGUUUGUGUGAUGCAGUUUUUUUUAAAUUUGUCUUUUCAUCAGAGCACAAUCUAAAAAAAACUUGAUGCAAGGACAGGGCGCAGAUGACUAUGAUCUAACCUUGCCCCAUCUGAUGUCAUCAGAUAUGCACAGAGAGAUGAUGAGGCAAAAAUGGGAAAAUGAAGCUAAAGAACUUGUUGAGAAGUCUCAAAAUGACAUUCAUUACUCUAAUGUCCAGUAUGAUGGUCAGUGAAAUAAUUAUUAUUGAUGGAAAGUAGUACAGAAAUCUUUUAAGCUAGAAAUUACUCGCCAAACAAUGAUGUGACAAUGUGUCAACUUCCUAUCUGCUAAUACUGCUAAAGUUACUUGACAAAACAUUCAUUCAAGAAAUAAACUUAAUAAAAACAUGCCAAUUUUAUUUUGUGCAUCUAAUGAAUGCAACAUUACAACCAGACAUAAUACAUACAUAAAGACUUACUUACUUACUUAUGCCUUUCUACCCCGUCUGGGGCAUAGGCCGUCUACAAGAACUUUCCACUCCUCACGGUCCUGUGCUUUCCUUUCCAAUUGCUUCCAGGUGUAUCCCAUAUUUUGCCUGUAUGCCUCUAGCUCGCGUCUCCAUGUAUUCUUAGGCUUUCCUCUCUUUCUUUUUCCCUGUGGGUUCCAUGUUAGGCAUUGUCUGGUGGUGCUAUCUGGGGGUUUUCGGAGCGUAUGCCCUAUCCAUCUCCACCUCUUCUUUAUGAUAUCUUCAUCAAUGGGCACCUGAUGUGUCCUUUCUAGUAGAUCUUUGUUGUUGAUAGUAUUUGGCCAUUUGAUUUUCAGGAUUUUUCUAAGGCAUGUGUUUAUGAAUGUCUGCACUUUCUGCAUAAGGCUCGCUGUUGUUUUCCAAGUUUCUGCACCAUAUAGUAGGACUGUUUUGACAUUUUUAUUAAAGAUUCUGGUUUGCAGUUUCAGCUCCUUCGACUCCCAUAUUUUCUUUAAUAGUACAAAUGCCGAUCUAGCUUUUCCAAUUCUGGCCCUUACGUCUGCAUCGGAUCCGCCAUUUGUGUCUAUGGUGCUGCCUAGGUAUGUGAAGGACUCCACUUCUUCCAGUGCCUUUUCUGCCAGAUAGAUAUGCUCAUGGUUGGAUGGGUUUACCUUCAUGAUUUUUGUCUUGCUUUUAUUUAUACUGAGACCAAGCUGUGCUGAAAAGGUGGCUACGUCUUUUGUCUUUUCCUGCAUUUGUUGCUGGUUGUGGGACAGAAGUGCAAUGUCGUCUGCAAAGUCUAAAUCAUUCAGUUGUUCCCAGAGAGUCCACUGUAUCCCAUUCCUCCUUUUGUCUGUGGAUUCUUUCAUUAUCCAGUCAAUGGCAAGGAUGAAUAGAAAUGGGGACAAGAGGCAUCCUUGUCUGACUGUAAAGGAAUCUGUGAGUCUACCUUCGUGGACCACCCUGCAUGUCAUUUCUUCAUAAGAGCUCUGAAUGAUCCUGACUAGUUUCCCUGGUACUCCAUAGUGCCGAAGAAGUUUCCACAAGGUUUGUCGGUCCAGGCUAUCAAAGGCCUUUUCGUAGUCUAUAAAAUUUAUAUAUAGGGAGGAGUUCCAUUCGAUGGACUGUUCUACAAUGAUUCUUAGUGUUGCUAUUUGAUCUGUGCAUGAUCUGUUUAUGAUCUGUUUUGGCGGAAGCCAGCCUGUUGAUCUCGUAGCUGCAUGUCGAUCUGGUCUUUCAUUCUGUUCAAAAUAAUUCUGUUAAAGACCUUUCCUGGUACAGACAGCAGUGUGAUUCCUCUGUAAUUUGCACAAUUGCUGAGAUCCCCUCUCUUUGGGAUCUUGAUGAGGUAUCCUUCUUUCCAAGCUUUUGGAACUCUCUCUUCUUCCCACAGAAGCAGCAAGUUGACUAUUGUAUCUAUAUCAGCUCUCAUCAUCUCUGCUGUGAUGUUGUCCGGUCCCGGUGAUUUCCCUAAUUUGAGUUGCUUGAUGGCGAGAGCUAUUUCUUCCUUAUUUGUUGCGCCUUCUUCAAUGUGUAGGUCUUCAUUUGCUGGUUGUAUGUCUGGUGUGUCUGUGGGUGGUGGUCUGUUUAAUAGUUCCUUAAAGUAUUCCAUCCAUCUUGUUUGUUGCUCUCUCUGUUAUAGAUCUACCUUCUCUAUCUUUGACAGGUUUCUCCAGCCUUUUGUAUCUCCCUGACAGUUUUCUUGUUAUGUCGUAGAGCUCUUUCAAGUUGCCCUUCCUGGCUGCUUCUUCUGCUGUCGACGCUAGGCCAUCUAUGUAGGCAUUUUUAUCUUUUUUAAUGCUGUUUUUUACCUUUUGGUUUGCUUCUUUAUAUCUCUCUUGCGCUUUCGUUUUCUCCGCCCUGGUGCGGCUGCUGUUAACUAUAUUUUUCAUUUCUUUUCUCUCUUUUAUUUUUUGUAGUGUGUUUAUUGAGAGCCAGUCUUUUUUUUUCUGUUUCACUGAUCCUAAAACUUCUUGGCAGGUGGAUGUUACAGAUGUCUUUAUACUUUGCCACAUAUGUUCUACUUGGUCAUCUUCUGUUUGGUCUUCUGUUUGAUCUUCUAGCACUUGGAACUUAUUCUUCAAGGUAGCACUGAAUUCUUCCCUUUUCUGCUCAUUAGCCAAACGUCCUACAUUGAAUUUGGUUUGCUUAGCAGUUGGCUGUUCCCAGUAUUUCUUCAGCUUUAACUUAAGUCUCGCCCAAACAAGAUGAUGAUCGGAUGAAACAUCUGCUCCUCUUUUUGCUCGUACUUCUUGUAGAGACGUUCUAAAUUUUUUGCUAAUGCAUAUGUGAUCUAUUUGGUUUUGCGUUUUGUUGUCUGGGGAUACGACCCAUAUCGUCUUGUGGAGGUUUUAAUGUUGAAAUUCGCUUCCUCCUAUAACGUCCUACAUUGAAUUUGGUUUGCUUAGCAGUUGGCUGUUCCCAGUAUUUCUUCAGCUUUAACUUAAGUCUCGCCCAAACAAGAUGAUGAUCGGAUGAAACAUCUGCUCCUCUUUUUGCUCGUACUUCUUGUAGAGACGUUCUAAAUUUUUUGCUAAUGCAUAUGUGAUCUAUUUGGUUUUGCGUUUUGUUGUCUGGGGAUACGACCCAUAUCGUCUUGUGGAGGUUUUAAUGUUGAAAUUCGCUUCCUCCUAUAACAAGCUCAUUUGUUGCGCAGACGUCUGCUAGUCUUUCUCCGUUCUCAUUCCUCUCUCCUACCCCGUGUCGUCCCAUGAUUUCCUCAUACCCACUGUUGUCUUUUCCAAUCUUGGUGUUAAGGUCUCCCAUUAAGAUGUUCAGUUCUCUAUUAGGGAAUUUUUCUUUUAGUGCUUGUAGUCUAUUAUAGAAUGUUUCUUUCUCUUCUUCUUUGCUAUCAUUGGUGGGUGCAUAACACUGUAUUAUGUUCAUCUUUAUUUUCUUUUUCUUGGUUCGGAAGGUUGCUGUUAUUAUCCUCGGUCUGUGUGCUUCCUAUCCAAUCAAUGCAUCCUGUGCCUUCCUUGACAACAUCAAAGCGACUCAUUGCAUGUGUGGAGCAUCUUCCUCCUCAUGCCCCGAGUACACUAGUUUUUCUCCAGAGUCCAAAGUUAUUUGCCCAGCUUGUAUCCAUCUUGUUUUACAGAUGCCAAGCAGUGUAAGUUUGUAAGAUCUCAUUUCUGCUGCCACCUGCGCUGCUUUCCCUGCUUCAUACAUGGUUCCACGUGCCUAUGUUUGUUUCAUUAGAAAGGAGGGUCUUCGGCCUUGAGGCUUCCAGUAUAGCCUGGGUUUGGCCACAAGGCUCGCAGUAUAGCCUGGGUUUGGCCACAAGGCUUCCAGUAUAGCCUGGGUUUGGCCACAAGGCUUCCAGUAUAGCCUGGGUUUGGCCACAAGGCUUUAUAGGUCUUCUUGGAGAAGAAGAGUCCUCUCUUCUCAGGGCUGAAAUUUGUUGGUUUUUUCUUGUUGACGUUUCUGUAGCAAUUUGUUUUUACGGGUGAGGUAGCUGGCCUCACGCAAACCCUCCUCCUUUUGCACCCGGGCUUGGGACCGGCCUUGGGGGAGUUACAUAAAGACUUAGAGAAUUAUUAUUUGUGAUAUUAUUUUCCACAUUGUCAUCUGCUUUAAACUUCUAAAAUAUUAUUCCCUUGUCCAAAAAAAUAGAAAUCAGGAAUCAUGGUGUUGGCUUCUUCCAGUUUUCAAAAGAUCAUGAAAAGAGGGAGGAAGAAUUAGACAAGCUCAAAAGCUUUCGAAAAGAAGUGAGUACUAAUCCAGCAACACCUUUAAGCAUAAAGAGUAUGGGAUUAUUUUGUGUGUUAUUAUUUUAGCAAGUUUCCUUACAAAUAAUUUACAAAUUUUAAAGAUAUUUGAAUAUCAUUUCUCAGACACUAGAAGAGCGUUCUCGUAAAGAUCACAUCAAAGACAAAAGAAAAGCCAUGAUGGAGGAGAGGCUAGCAAAAGUGAGGCAAAGAAGGAAAUUGAAAGCAGAUGUGACUGAAGAAGGUGAGCUGAUCACUAGUCUUUUGUUAAAAAUGAUUUCCCUGAAUGCAAUAUAAUGAAACUCACACAUUCAUUUUGUUAAAAUGAGUUUAUCUAUUUUGUGGGUGCAUGGUUUGAGACAUUUUUGUUUAAACAUGAAACUAAAUAGUGUAUAUUGCAUGUUAAUUGCCUAAUUAUCUACUGUAAAAUACUAGUUGACAUUUUGAAAUGCUUUAUUCUCUAUUGUCAAACUUACUAUGGACAUAUUCUAAGUGUCUAUAUAUACAUUUUACUGCAUUUAAAUUUGCUUUUUUAUUAUUUCAUGUCUUAAGACUGUUGCUUCAUUAUUUGUUCCUAUUUUCACUUUAGCCAAUAAAGAAGAUGUUGACUUUGGUCCAAAGCUUAGUGAAGCUUUAACCUCCCCUACUCAAGAAGAAGAAAACACAAGGUUACAAAGGGAAAAAGAAGCUCAAGAAGCAGAGGAAAGGCGUAAAGCCCACGUUAGAGAAUGGGAUAAAGAAAAAGGUAGUAUCAGUAUAUACACAAAUGAAAUAUGUUUAAUUUAGAGUAAUUUGUGAUAUACAAAGCAAAGUACUUGCUUUGCAAAUUUUUACAUCAUCAAUUAAGUUGUGUAGUGAUCUUAAUUUUAUUCACCUUUAAGAAAUCACACAUUAUGUUAAUUUUUGAUUUCCUUGAACAUUCCAGUGUCUCGUGAAGCCAAUUUUGGUGUGAAACCCUAUCUAGAAAAGCGAAGGGAUGAACGAGAGACUGAAUUUGCUCCACCUUCAAUUUAUUUUGAAAAACCAAAUGAAAAAAUCCAGCCACUUAAAAUCUCAGAUAAACUACGAGCAAAGAGGCUUCAACAGUCCUUAAAAGUUGUAAAUGUAAAACCAGAGGUUCAAAAUAUUGAGCAAACUUUGGACUAUUCUCAAAUAAAUUUACCAGAUCGGGCACCAUCACCAGUCAAAGAUAUUUCAAGUUGUAUGACAUCAGAGACCUAUCUAAGCCCUGAAACCAAUUAUUCAAACAUGAUUUACCCAACUGCUUCCAGCUCAUCUGUGCAAACACAGUCUGCUUCAACUAACAUGAAUUCUGAAAUUCAUCACACAUGGCCAGGCACAACUUUACCCUAUGUCAAUAACAUGUCUUACAACUAUCCUCCCCCUGUGAAUUCAGUUGGUGGGGUCGUGGAUUUUCAGGAUUCCAUGUAUAAUUUUCACCAGUACCCAGCUUGGUAUGCACACUCAACUGGUAGGCCAUUGAACAGUGACUUCAAUAAUGCAGAUACCCCCCAGCAUACGCAACCCCAGGUCCAGCCAACCCAUACGGUUUACAAUCCUGUAUCAGACACAAGGGCUGGCAAUAGUGGCAGUGAUUUGAAUUUGGAAAAAAUGGAGGCACCAAAAAAACCAAAGAUUCCCAGAAUGGCAAUAAUUGACACCAGAUAUGUGAAAAAUGAUGACACAACAUCGGCAGAUGAAAUGACACCAUCCUCCUUAGUAGUAACAGCUGUACCUUAUACACCUGGUAGCUUCACAGCUGCCAAGAUAAUGCUUGCAGAUCAACAUAAUGAAGCUGUGAUGGGCUCCAGCAGUAAACAACAGAUUUCUGGUGGCCCACUGAUAUACACUGCAGAGCAGCAAGAGCAUCAGAGGAAACAAAAUGAGGCAAUGGGAACAGAUCCAGAUCAAGAUAAAAAAAUAAAUGAGUUUUUGAGCAGCAUAAGAACAGGACAUAUUUAAUUGAGUAAAUAAUACUUUUUUUAAAACAAAAAUGUGUAAAUUGGUGCUUAAUAUUCUGUUCAGCUACCUCUCCACAAAAAAGUGACCAACAAACUGAAACCCAUCUUUAUUUUGUGUAGCAGGAAAACAAAAGACCAGCAGUUUCCAAACUGUGAACUGAUCGGGAGAGGGUAGGCAUUUAAAAUGGGGCUCAAAAAUUGUUUAAAUGCCCAUGAUAUUUUAUACAGUAAGGGUGCCGAGAAUUUUGUUUUGAAUAUAGAUAUAGUAACAUAAAGUUUAAGAACCACUAAUACUUGUUCAUACUCUAAUGGCUCUGGCUAACAAAUGGGAAUGCGGGGCUGUGUCAUAUAAUAUAUAAUACAUCUGCAAGAUGGGCUACGCAUGUGGACCUAGCCUUCCCAGGGUUACAAAGUCAGUGUGCAAUGCCAACAGUUCAAAUAGAACUCUGGCAGUGUUUCGUUAUCAUCAGAGUUACCAAGCUCUGCUGCUGGCGUUUCAGUUUCCGACGCAGAUCAGCUUUCUUACUGUAUAAUCAUUGUCGGUACCACUUUGUCUUAAAGUGGUUAGCCAAACAUUUUUGAUACAGAGAAAGGUGACUGGUAUUGAUGGUUGUGGCUGGCCAGUGCCCGUUACAUCCAGAUUGCAUGCUUGUUCAUGUCCCUAAUGUUCACAAGACGUUUCCUUUUUUGAGAAAUGUUUACACAUGCUGUUGAUUUUUCUUUACAUGGCAAGUUGGCUGCUGUCUUUUUGACAUUUCUUGCUCAUCCCACUCAGCCAUUACUAUUAGUUCAUAGGAUCAAAUUUAGUACUUGUACUUCAAAAGAUCAUAAACAGAAAGCUGAUCACUGAUAGAAUAUGUUAGCAUCUUAAAAAUAUACAGCUAUUUGUUUUUUUUAAAGUUUCAAAAAAAAAGUUAAAUGGAACAUUUAUUGAAAAAAUACACAAGUGAGCUUAGGGUUUUUGAUGUAAUACUGUUAUCUUUCAAAUGUUAUUAAAAGUUUUGUAUUAAAAUCUCCUGAUUGACCUUUUUAUUUGAAUUGUUUAUGACUUUCCAUGUUUCAGUACAGAUAAAAGAGGUUUUAAUUAAUUUAAUAAUGCCCCUGGCAUCUCCACAUUAAAUUACAAAAGUAUUCCGCUAAUGAUGAC